GCCUCCCUCGGCUCCCAGAUAUAUGUUGGGGAAAGGAGGAAAGCGGAAGUUUGACGAGCAUGAAGAUGGGCUGGAAGACAAAGUGGUGUCUCCCACUGACGGUCCCUCUAAGGUGUCUUACACCUUACAGCGUCAGACUAUCUUCAACAUUUCCCUUAUGAAACUUUAUAACCACAGGCCAUUAACCGAGCCAAGCUUGCAAAAGACAGUUUUAAUUAACAACAUGUUGAGGCGAAUCCAGGAAGAACUCAAACAAGAAGGCAGCUUGAGGCCCAUGUUUGUGGCCUCUUCGCAGCCUGCCGACCCUCUCAGCGACAACUUCCGCGAGGCGCAGCCGGCGUUCAGCCACCUGGCCUCGCCGCCCCUGCUCCCCGCCGACUUGGUAAGUACUAUGCCCCUGGAGUCCUGCCUCACCCCGGCCUCUUUGCUCGAGGACGACACUUUUUGCACUUCCCCGGCUGUCCAGCACGAUGGUCCGACGAAGCCGCCACCUCCUGCUCUCCAACCAGUAAAGGACAGCUUCUCCUCAGCCUUGGACGAAAUCGAGGAGCUUUGUCCAGCACCUACCUCCGCAGAGGCAGUAGCAGCUGAAUCAGCAGCCGACGACUCUAAAGCCCAGCCCAGCGAGUCCAACAUUCAUAAGCCCGAGGGCCUCCCGGAGAGCAGAACGGCCGAAUCCAAACUCGUGGACCCCCUGCCUGGCAACUUUGAGAUCACAGCUUCCACAGGUUUCCUCACAGACUUGACCCUGGAUGACAUUCUGUUCGCUGACAUUGAUACGUCCAUGUAUGAUUUUGACCCCUGCACAUCUGCCACAGGGGCUGCCUCAAAAAUGGCUCCUGUCUCAGCAGAUGAGCUCCUAAAAACUCUCGCUCCGUACAGCAGUCAACCAGUAACUCCAAAUCAGCCUUUCAAAAUGGAUCUCACAGAACUGGAUCACAUCAUGGAGGUGCUUGUUGGGUCUUAAAAAUAUUAGAAAUAUAGCAACUUUUUUUUUGUUGUUGGGUUUGGUUGGUUGGUUGUUUGUUUUGGUUUUUUUUUUGGUUUUUUUUGUUUAUUUUUUUUUUUUUUAAUUUUCAGUACCAGUAUAUACUCUUGGUAGUAUUUCCAUAGUCCCUUCCAGCCCCGAUUCACAGCACUGUGCAUGCAUCCUUGCUUGCCUUUUUUGAAAAGAAAAGGAUCACACUAGUUUUUGCUUCGAGCAGAGUUGGAGUGCCUUCAUCCAUGUAUGACCACUUCUAAUGUAUUUUUUUUUAAAGUGGUUCCUCAAGGAAGACUGAAUAUCCUGGUAUAGGAAAGAAUAUGUAUUGUAGACAAUGUUAUGUUAUUACAAAAAAAAAAAAGUUUUAAAAAAAGGUAAAAGCUAAGCACAAGGAUUAUGUUGGGGAAAGCUGUAAAUUGCAUGUGCAUACUUGUCUAUUUUUUCUAUAAGUUUUAUUGCAAGAGGUAAAAAAUUUUAUUAUUUAGAUAAUCUCAAUACCAUUUUAGCCCUGUAUAGGUUGACUUUAGCAAUUCAGCCUUUUGGAGGCAUUAACCUGCUCCUCUUUAAGUGUUGCAUUUACAUGGCUGUUUAGAAACUGCUGCCCAAAUUUAUUUUAUAUUUUUGUACAGAUUCUGCAGUUUAUGGUAUUGUUUUUUCUAAAAACAAAUGCUGUUUAUACACACAAAAAAUAGCUAUUUUGAUAGGAUUUGCUCACAUAGUUCCUGCAUAAUUCAGAUGUACAAGAACCACUUGUACUUUUAUACAGAGUUGUAAUGUUUUAUAUGUGUAUGGUGCAAAGAGAAAAUUGGAUCAAAUAAGCCUGCAGUCGGUUUCCCUGAAUGCAAACAAACAAACAAACAAAAAAAAGUGCUUUAAGAAAGGGCUGGGAGCUGCUUCUGUCGGAGUUUCACAAGUGUUUGCUCCCUGCUGUACCCACUGCGCACUACUGUGAUUCCUGAAACUUAGAGCCAUGUCCUUUUCCAACACGUACGUGAAGCAGUUGGCAGGAAACAGUUGUGGAACUUCACCCCCGGCGGUCCUGAGCGCUGCCCCGGCCUCGGCUCCCGCCCCGGGGCCGGGCGCUGUCCCCAAGCCCCCGUCCCGCCCGACGCGGAGCCUUAACCCGGCGGAGAUUGGCACCUCCUCACCCGGAGCUCCUGGGAACGGUGUGAGUGGGAGCGACGUGCCCAGAGCCCACCGGGAGCCAGCCUCCUGCGGCUUCUCCCUGACUGACGGGCAGAGAGCGGGGCUGGGAGCAUCCGCUCGCCCUUUCUUGGAGCAUUUCUCCUCCCCUCUCCCACCUCACUGUGCUAAGUGCUGAAAAAGGCAGCUUCAGUAUUACUGCAGUGAAGCUCAUCUCGUACCUGCACUGGAUGGACUUGCUUUAAUAUCCAUUGCUGUUGAAACUGGAGCCAGUCUCGUGACAUCACUUGGCAUCUCGUAUAGAGUCGGGUUCUUGUAUCAACUGUGUUACCUGCUUUACACUUUAUAGACCCGUUUUACAAGGAGUAUACAGACACAGCUUUCUAUGCAUGGUCCCCUCCCCGUUACACCUGAGAAGUCUUCUUACUGCACCAAUAGCUUUUUUUUAAUUUUUUUUUUCCUAAGUUCGUUGUGGUGUACAUUUAAUUUAAAAAAAGAAAAAAAAGUUUGCAAUGUAUCAUGCCUAUUGCUGAAGUUGCUGUGGCAUUUUAGUUCUCCAAUGGUACUUUAGUUGUCGAGUGCCGGUUACAACCUGUAUUGUUGACAUGCCUAUGGCUUCUU